ACUUGUACUUUUUAUCUGAUAACUUGCAGUAGUUUGAAUUAAUCACCUUAAGAGCUACUUGCCCGCUGCUAUAUAAACACUCAUCUUGACUUUUUGUUUAGUAAAAUGAAAACAAUGGCCCGACCAAUUGUUAUUUUAUGUGUCCUGUUUGCUUUUGCAAAUGCCAAACACUUCUCUCCUCGCGAUUUGAUCGACGAAGCAACGCGUCAACUGGAGGAACUCAAACAAAUCGUCCACGGCGAUAUUCUCGUAGCCCAUGACGAUCUUUCCGAUCUUGUGAUUGCGUUUAAAACUUAUGCUGACACAAACCAAAAACAAGCAAUCGUAGCUGUGCAGCAAGAAGCCCAGUCUAUCGAUUCCCAGCUGCAGACAGUCAAAGAUUUGGGUCAUGCUGCAGGAGUAGACAUUUCUUCGUGUAUCAACGUUCGGGAACCGUUAUUGAGAAAAUUGCCAGGUCACUAUGCUCAAGCUAUAAGUAACUGUACCUAUGGCUUGGAUGGAGAGGCUGAUGCUAUUGCCCAUAAUGCUAGAUAUAUUGUGGAUGUUACUAUAAACCAGGUCCAUCGUCUUGAACUUGAAUUGGAAAAUUGUAAAGGUGAAAUUUUGUGUAUUUCGCCGUUGAUUACCGAGAUUGAAUUGAACAAAAUUCGGCUACCACAGAACAUCAAAACCGAAGUUCAAGCCACUCAGAGUGUCCUGACCACUUUGAGAAUAUCGGUACAAGCGUGUGGAAAUGACAAUGUUGCUCAGUACACCACAGAGGCCAGCAGCAUCCUUAAUGAUAUCAUUAACUGUGUUGACAGACUUCUUCCCUAGGCCUUUAUACCAUUUUGUUCAAACUGUAUGAUUUAAAUAAACAAUUGUUAGGAGAUAAAGCGUUGUUUUUGCGUCUGUGGUGAUAAAAUCAGUCUAGAUUUAGAAUUCCAGUUAUCGGUUCUUUGCGUAAUAAGUGUCUUUAUAAGGAGGUGCAUCAUAGUGUGAUCACUAGUAAAAAUGCGAACUAUGAAGCAAGUCACUAUCGUAGUGUGUGCUCUUUUGGCCACUUCAACAGCCUUUAUCACACCCCGCGAUCUCAUCGACGAAGCCACCAAACAACUUGAAGAAUUGAAAGCCACGGUCCAGGGACAAAUCCUUGCCGCUCACAGCGAGCUCGAAGAAAUCGACCAAGACUUCCAAACCUAUGGAGUCAACACGGCAGACGCCGCCCUCAUAACCAUCCAACAAGAGAAAGAAACUAUCGACGCGCAGUUGCAAACUGUUAAGGACUUGGCCCAUUCUGCCGGCAAAGACAUUACUUCAUGUACCAACAUUCGGGAGGAUGUUCUCAACAGACUGCCGUCCACUUAUGCGGAACAAAUAAUCAAACAAAUCGGUGGUUUGAUAAAGGAAGUUGGCGCCCUUUUGAGCGAAGCCCGAUACAUUGUCGAUAUUUCCAUCAACAAGGUGCACGAUCUUGAGCACCAACUUGCAAACUGCAAAGGGGAAAUUUUGUGCAUUUCUCCGUUGAUCACCGAGAUUCAGUUGAACAAAAUCCGACUUCCGCAAAAUAUCAAAACGGAAGUGCAAGCUGCCGAAAGUUUGGUCACAACUUUGAAGGUUUCUGUUAACGAUGCUGGCGAGCAAAAUGUUGCUCAGUACACGAGUGAGGCGUCGGCAAUUCUUGGGGAUAUAACCGCCUGUGUUAAUAGGAUAAUUGGUUAAGGAUUGUAAAACAGUUUAGUAAAUAAAACGUGAGAAAUACUUGGUUUCGUUUUAUUUUAAACACCACCAUAAAUGAAAAAAUUUCAUCAGUAAUACAAUUAUGAAUCAUACUGAUUUCGAUCAGUUGUCAAGUCUAUCUAAGUCUAUUGUCUUCAAAUUGUUAUCUAAAUAAACUGGGCUUAAAUAUUUUUGAUCUAAAUGAUAAUAUUUAGUCACUCAUCACUUUAAUUCAACGAAAGGGUUUUAACUAACAAGGCCAAUAAUAGCAAUGGAUUACUGGACAGGUUUAGUAUCUUAUUAUAUUAACAAAAUUUUCGAUAAUCCAAAUUUGAGUGGCUAUAAAAAUAUAAGCCGGGACUGUAUAAAUCAAUCUUAGAUAUUAAGAUGAAGAGACAAGUUUUUGUAAUACUUGUGGCCUUUUUGGCCUAUCAGGUCAAUUCGAGUCAAAUUCGCGACAUAAUAGACGAGGCCGAAAAGCAGCUUGCAGAACUGAAGAGUAUAGUCGAAGGCAACAUUUUGUUGUCCCACGUCACUCUUAAGAACCUAGAGUACGACUUUCUGUCAAACAACCACAAUGUCCUCACACAAGGAGUUGUGUCAAUCCAGCAAGAGUCAGAAACGAUCAGCGCCCAAGUCCAAAGCAUUAAAGACCUAGCACAGGCCGCUAACAAAGAUAUUUCGUCCUGUACCAGCAUACGUGAAGAACUCCUCAAGAGAUUACCGGCCGAGUACGGGGAACAACUCAAAGAGUGCAUUUUUCACUUGAAUCGAGAAGAAGCAACGUUUGUGACGGAAUCAAAGUACAUUAUAGACAUUUCCAUCAAUAAAGUGCACCACCUCGAGCACCAAUUCGAACAAUGCAACCGGGAAAUUGUAUGCAUCUCGCCACUGUUGACGGAAAUUCAAAUGGACAAAAUUCGCCUGCCUCAGAACAUCAAAACUCAAGUCACUGCAGUGGAAAGUCUUCUGACUUCGCUGAAAGUAUCGGCCACUCAAUGCUCGGAUCGUUUUGUUUCCCAAUACACGAGCGAUGCUAAUUCCAUUCUUCAAGAUAUAAUCAGUUGUGCAAACAGAAUUAUAGGAUAAAGCUGUAAUAAAUUUAUUUUGACCUCAAAACAUUGUAUUAUUGACAAGCUAAGCUUUUUAUGGUCGGUUCCCGAUACAGUAUAUAAUAGCAACACCAACUUUUGGAAAUUAGUAAGGAGCCAUGCCCGGACAAUUGUUUUUUUUAUUGCUAAGUUUGUCGGCGGUUCAGGUAAGGUGUUCCCUUAUCGACGAUGCCACCGCCAAACUUGAAACCCUAAGGCAAACGGUAUUAAGUUCCAUCACCUUGGCCGAAAACCACCUAAAUGACUUGAGUUACGACUUUGGCGUUUACGCAGUUAAUGUAAAAACAAAGGGGAUUUUGUCGAUUCAGACCGGCGAGGAUGAAGUCACUUCCGAACUUGAUGCCUUGAAGGCGUUAGGAGAGUCAGCUGGGGUUGAUGUUUCGUACUGUUUUGGCGCCCGUGAGGAGUAUCUCACAAAUUUACCGGGUGUUGUUAUCGAAGAAUUGGAACAGUGUAUUUUGGGCAACGCCCAGGAAGCCUCAAAAAUUUCCAGCUCGAUCCAAUACAUCGUCGAUAUUAAAAUCAACAAAGUUGACGCUCUACAAUUCCAACUUGAGUUGUGCGACCCUGAUAGUGAAGCCUGCAUCAAGCCCAUAGUUCAGGAGAUUGAAUUGGAAACGAUCAACAUCCCCAACAGCAUUUCAACGCAGAUUGUAAGGGCUAAUGGACUUUUUGACGAGUUGGAAGUGUCAGUCCAGUCGUGUUCGGACUUGAAAGUCAGUCAGUACACCAGCAGUACGAGUGUUGUCCUGAAGGACAUUACUCAGUGUGUGAAUUCUAUCAUUGGCUAGCUAGUGUAAUCUUCCAUUGUUGGGUAUUUUUAGCUCGAGUACUUGGAAAUGAUAGCCAAAACUUAAAUAAAAUUCUCGGAAACAAUUGGCUAAUUGGUUUAAACGAGUUAUGUAAAAUAGUGUUUUCUUUAAUAAAGGCUGAGGUAAUUGUCGCAAGUUUA